CAUGGCAACGGUUUGCACUCACCCAGUCCCACCGUCGAAGCUAGCGACUGACUGGACGCCACACAGCCGUGUAAACACACGACGGGAGACCGACGAGAGGAGAAGAGUGUGCAUUUGUGUGUGUGUUUAAUAUUAGAAUUGCCUGCUGUUUAUGUGAGUCAGUGACACACACACAGGGAGGCAGACCUGGACUAUAAAGCACCUGUGAUGCUGGCCAUGUCCUCAGAAACAGGACAGGUGAAGCAGGACCAUUAGACACAACGAAGGUCAGGGUCAUUUUUGCUGCAUCUCGGAUUUCAACAGCCGACCGAUUUGGAGUGCACAGAAACUGGGCCAGACUAAAGUCCACACUCUUUGUUUUGUCUGUUUUAGAUGAUUCAGUCCACAGAUCAGAUUUGUUUUGUGAAAGCAUUUUCUAAAGUUGCAGUAGUUUUUUACUAAAGAGGUGGUUAAAGCAUCAGUCACGAUGUGUUCAGGCAGUUUCGCCAAAUGUCUUGGAAUCACGCUGAUUCCUCUGUCGAUCGUGUGUGUGCUGUGCAACAUCCUGCUCUUCUUCCCUGGUGGAAAACCUGUGGCAAAGGAACACAUCACAGAGCAGGUGUGGUACUUUGGAGGCAUUCUAGGCUCUGGAGUGCUGAUGAUCUUUCCAGCUCUGGUCUUCCUGGGUCUGAAGAACAACGACUGUUGCGGCUGCUGUGGCAAUGAAAGCUGUGGACGCAGGUUUGCGAUGCUGAGCUCCAUCCUGUUUGCAGCGGUGGGAGUUGUAGGCGCUGGUUACUCAGUUAUAGUUUCUGCUGUGGCUAUCAACCAUGGACCCAAGUGUUUGGUGUUUCAGAACAACACAGAGCUGUGGACCACUCCCUUCUCCAAUGGAGACUAUCUGUCCAACCACACGGCCUGGUCACAGUGCUUGGAGCCAGCCAACGUGGUGUCCUGGCAUCUGUCUCUGUUCUCGGUGCUGCUGGUCAUGGGUUUAAUUCAGAUAGCACUGUGCGCCGUGCAGGUGAUCAACGGCCUGCUGGGAGCUCUGUGUGGGGACUGCUGUGGCUGCUGUGGGGGGAGUGAAGGAUCCGUCUGAUCCCGUCCUGCAGCUGAGUGUGAAGAUGGAGUUUAUUUAUUCAGGUUUUGGACGAUGGCAGCAGCUUCUUGUGUGAUCUUCUUUUUGAGCUCAUUGAUUACUGUGUGUCCAACAACACUGGUGAAAUGACAGAGCUCUAAGCUAAAGGGUUUACUGUUUACUGUUUAGCAUUAAAUCAGUAAAUUAAUAUUUGUUUCCUGACAUAAAGAUGACAAAUUGAUGCAAAACACAUCUACAUGUCUGGUAGAACUAACUCUAACACAGAUGUUAUUGUCAUCAACCACUGUCGAUUUGUUGUAUUUCAUCUGAAGUCCAGACGCUUUUAUGUUUAGCUCAGUUACUGAAAAACUGUUUCGUAUGUGUUAUUUGACAGAUUACAUGAUGUGGACAUACAGUAUCAUUAUCACUGUGUUAUACAUUGUUAUGAAUAUAAAAGGCAAUAGUUAUAUGCCAAAAAUACUAUCACUGAUAUAUUAUGAUGAUUUCUUCUGUAGGUCUGUGAAUGACUGAUCUGAUGCAAAGCUAUUGUGUAGUUAUUUAAAAAGUUAGUUUGCAGUUGUAAAAAAGGAGAAAUGCUCUUUCUCUUUCAUUCUCUGUGAGUUUCUGUGAAUUCAAUUCUGCUCAGGGACUCAUUUUUAGAAACAUGGAGCAGGACGCCCCCAGCAGGAGAAGGACAGUUACACUGUAUAGUACAAAUACUUUUCUGGUUUCUGCUGGUCAACAUUCAUCCAUUUGGUGAUCUAUGCUGAGAUAUUUAAGCUAUGAGCUGUAUAAUUCAUAAAAUAAAAAUGACAUCUAUAACUUAA